UAUAAAAAUUUGUUUACUCUUUUUAUCUUCUUUUAAGACUAGCAAAAAAGUUCAGCUUGUAAUUUCUGGCUGCAAAAGGUCAUCAGUCAGAAUGACACAGGAUGAGAACUGGGAAGAGUUCGACUUCAUUCGAUUUACCUGGUGUGACACCAAUGGUGUCCCUAGGGGCAAAGUGGUACCCAGAAAUUCUUAUCGUUCCUUUCAAAAAUCAGGAGUCGGGAUGAACUCUCUUUAUGCCAUAUUCGGAAUCGACUCAAAACCACCGAUUAUACCUCAUAUCAUCGCCAGAGGCUCUCCUAAUAACAAUCUAAUUCCGGUAAUAGAAACUUGGCAUUCUUGUCCAUGGUCCGGAAACGGAAAAUCUAAAGUGGCUCAGGUAUUGUGCCAAAUGCACGAGCUCGGCAAGGACUCCAAGCCCAACUCAUUCGACUCCAGAGGCAUUUGUGUCAAGUUACUCAAUCAUUUGAAAACUGAGUUCGGACUUGAACUAUAUUCGGCACUGGAGUACGAGUUCGUUUUAACCAAAGACAAGAAUCCUCUCGGAAUUGCAGGACACAGCUGUUCGGCUUUCAACUUGAAGAAAACGGAAGACAUUUGCUUCGAGAUUACAAAAAGACUACAAGAAGCCGGUGUGUCCAUAGAAAGUUUUCACUCUGAGGCUUUUGAUGGUCAAAUAGAAAUGACAAUGCAGCCCAAGUAUGGAAUAGGUUCUGCUGAUGACGCAUGUCUGCAUAAAGACUGUGUUAAAUCGACCGCAUUCGAAUACGGGUACGAGGCAGCAUACAUCUGCUGUCCUUCAGAAGGAGUUUUCAACGGAGGGCAUUUCAAUUUUUCGUUAUGGAAAGAUGGUCAGAAUGCUUUGACAGACGGUUCUGACCAAGUAGCAUUAUCAGAGCUGGCGAAAUACUGGAUAUCUGGAAUUAUGGAGCAUGCAGCUGGAAUCACCGCCUUAAUCUGUCCUAAUAAUAACAGCUACAGAAGGUUCUGUGGCGUCGCAUCAGCUCAAGCGGAAAUAUGUUAUAGUCGCGAAAGUCGGAGCGCCAUGUUGAGAAUUAAAGAAACAUCAGAUGUCCAAACAUAUUUGGAAUUCCGUAGCCCAGGAGCGGCAAACCCAUAUCUAGUACUAUCGGCAGUACUUGCAGCAGGGAUGGACGGCUUGCGACAGCAAAGAUUGCCUCAGCCUAUUGGUAUCAACAAAGAACGACAUCUACCCGGGUCCCUUUUUGAAGCACUGGACGCGUUCGAAGCCGAUGAUGUUGUUAAAGAAGCACUUGGGGAGGACUUUUCACAGAUGUACCUAGAUCUUAAGCGACAAAAAGAUCUACCCAUCAAAAACUUACAACAACAGCGAGAGAUGUAUUCCUAUUUAUUGUAGAAAAUGUAAAAGUGUAAAUUACAAAAGGAGCCCUUCCGUUUAGUUACGAUCAGUGCACAAACUGGAUAGGGCCAUACCAGCGUUAGAAAAACGCAUAUAUAUCAGCAAACUGUAUCAAUGAAGUCACAUAUCAUUGGUAAAAACAAAAAAAGUGAAAAUUCUCAGAAAUUUGUGACUGAAUGUUUAAAAUUGUUACAUAAUAGUUGUUACAUAAUUUCAGUAAUAUUUGUAAAGUUGUGAUUGGUUGAAUUUUUUAAAUUUUGAAAUAAUGAUGUGUAUGACACUUUUUAUGAUCAUUAUCUGCAGAUCUUUGAUCAUUUUGUACAGAUAGUUUAGAACUUUAA